GGGCCACCAUGCUAGUUACAUGGAAAAACAAUAUCAAUGUAUCAAAAGCGAUUUACAAUACGAAAAAGAGGGAUUACCGUUUUGCGCCACAAUCCACGUUGGUUGUUGAGGUUUAUAUAAGUGUUCGACCGGUAUCGCUUGCUCACGGCCACCAGCACGGCGGCAGCACUCAAACGUUCAUUCACCGCACAACACCACACUCGCGGACUCGCCCAUAUGGCCACCUUCUCCGGCACCGACCGCCUCCGCGACCUCCACGCCUUCGACGACACCAAGGCCGGCGUCAAGGGCCUCGUCGACGCCGGCGUCACCACCGUCCCCUACUUCUUCCGCCACCACCCCGACCCACUCCCCGUCGCCGCGCCGUCGGAGGCCGCCGCGGCCAUCCCUCUCAUCGACCUCGCCAAGGCCGACGUCGACCGUGGCCACGUCGUCUCCCAGGUGAGGUCCGCCGCCGAGUCGGCCGGGCUUUUCCAGGUGGUGAACCACGGCGUCGCCGGGGAGCUCAUGGACGCGAUGCUCGCGGCGGCGCGGCGGUUCAACGAGCAGCCCGCGGAGGCGAAGGCGCCCUACUACACCAGGGACCUCGGCAGCAAGGUCCGGUUCUUCUGCAACUUCGACCUGUUCCAGUCGCCGGCGGCGCAGUGGCGCGACACGCUGUACGUGGAGAUGGUGCCCGACGCGCCCUCGCCGGAGGAGAUCCCGCCGCCGCUCAGGGGCGUCGCGGAGGAGUUCGCCGCGGCGGUGUGGCGGCUCGGCGAGCGGGUGACCGAGCUGCUCUCGGAGGCGCUGGGCCUUCCCCCCGGGUACCUCGCCGAGCACGCCGGGUGCAUGGACGGCAUGAGCAUGGUGGCGCAGUACUACCCGCCGUGCCCGGAGCCGGAGAAGACGAUGGGCACGACGCGGCACUCCGACCCGAGCUUCCUCACCGUGCUGCUGCAGGACGAGUCCGGCGGGCUCCAGGCGGUGCUCCCGCGGCCCCCGGAGGAGCGGUGGGUGGACGUGCCCCCGGUGGCCGGCGCGCUGGUGGUGAACGUCGGCGACCUCCUCCAGCUGGUGUCGAACGGCCGGCUCCGGAGCAUGGAGCACCGGGUGCUGCCCACCGCCGCCAGCGCGGCGCGGGCCCGCGUGGCGGUGGCGUGCUUCUUCCGGCUCGAGUACUCGGCGUCGUUGACGAGGCCGAGGUCGUACGGCCCGAUCGUGGAUUCCGGCGAAGGCGGCGCGCGGCGGGCGGCGGCGGUGUACAGGAGCACGACGCCGAGGGAUUUCCUGGCGUACUUCAACGGCAAGGGGCUCGACGGGCGGUCGGCGCUGGAGCAUUUCAGGAUUCCGGAGGCGGCUGCGGCUUCUUCCGCCGUCGACGUCGUCUCCUCCUCCACCACCGCCGCCGCAUCCAUUCCACGGUAGCAAUCGUGUCGGUGCGUGUUGAGGUUGUUGCUUGCUGGUAGCUAGUGUGUGUUAUCCGGAAGGGUCGUAGCAGUGUACGCGUGGCGAUUUGUUGGUUGCCAGUCAGGUUAGGCCAGGUGUUACGUCACUGAUUAAUUUGUAUGAUCGUACUAUGGAUGGCAUGUAAAACUUGGUGAUUUUUGUACUGUAAUAAAUGUCGAUCUUGACGUGGUUUAAUUUGGGGUCACAGCUCACUCACA